GAAACGGCCUCGGGAUAAACUGUCAUGUACGCUCGGGACGUCUGAAAAUGCUACUUGGACCGUAAUGUUUUUUUUCUUCUUCUUUUUCAAACAUUGAUGUUUUUCUUGUUGUGAAAUAUUUAUAUAUAUAUUUUUUACAUUUUUUUUUUCCUGUUGAGGGAAUGCCAAACCUGGUUCAGCAUGCAUCACUGCGCCAAACCAAGACGGUAAUAGUCUAGCAACAGCUACCGAGGCCUUAAAUGUGAGUCCCCGACCGCUGAACGGCCACCGUCUCCUCCGACGCCUGAGAUCAAGCAGACUGAGGGAAGAUCACGGCUCCUCGGGAGGAUUAUGCCAUUAUAAGUGACAACUUGAGCUUCCUUACCGUACGACAGCGACACGACAAAGUCACUCCUGCUUCCCCUUCAACGCAGCAGGAGCCAUGGAUGACCCCUACCAAAACAAUGUGAACCAGCAGGUGACGGAGGGCGGAGAAUACACCUACACCCAAGACAGGGAAGGUCAGGACGGCUACCCCUACCAGACAGACUACCCCCCGCAGGACGAGGAUGCUAGAAGCGACGCCACCGAGGGGGCCGACGACGACGAGCAGAUGUACGAGGGCGAGUACCAGGGGAUUCCCCACCCCGAUGAAAUCAAGGAGGCGCGGCGGGCGGCGCGGGUGGAGGCGAGGAGGAAAGCCCGUCAGGCGGCGCAGCAGGAGGAGGAGGAGGACAACCUGCCGGAGCAGUACGAGACCAUCAUGGAGGACUGCGGUCACGGACGCUUUCAGUGGACGCUCUUCGUGGUGCUGGGCCUGGCGCUGAUGGCCGACGGGGUGGACGGCUUCGUGGUCGGCUUCGUCCUGCCCAGCGCGGAGAAGGACAUGUGCAUAUCCAACGCUGACAAGGGACUUCUGGGUCUGCUGGUGUACGUGGCCAUGAUGGUGGGCGCGCUGGUGUGGGGAGGUCUGUGUGAUAAAAUGGGGAGGAGGAAGUGUCUAAUCUACGUCCUGACCAUCGACCUGAUCUUCUCCUUCCUGUCCUGCUUCGCCCAAGGAUACGGCUUCUUCCUGUUCUUCAGGUUCUGCUCCGGCUUCGGAAUCGGCGGAUCCAUCCCCAUCGUGUACACCUACUUCACCGAGUUCCUGCAGAUGGACAAACGCGGGGAGCACCUGAGCUGGCUGUGCAUGUUCUGGAUGCUGGGAGGCCUGUACGCCUCCUUCACGGCCUGGGGCAUCAUCCCUCACUACGGUUGGGGCUUCGCCAUCGGGACACAGUUCCAGGUUCACAGCUGGAGGCUGUUUAUCCUGGUGUGUCUGUUUCCCGCGCUGGGCGCUCUCAUCGGAGUCAUCUUCAUGCCGGAGAGUCCUCGCUUCCUGCUGGAGAACGCACGGCACGACGAGGCGUGGAUGAUCCUGCGGAAAGUUCACGACACCAACUGGAAGGCCAAGGGGGAGCCGGAGAGAGUUUUCACCGUGACCAACAUUAAGACGCCACAAACGGAGGAGGACGAGUUCAUAGAGAUCCAGAGUGACACCGGGACGGCCUUCCAGCGCUGGACCGUCCGCAAGAUGACCAUGCUGCAGCAGGUGAUGGCCAACGUGAUGUCGCUGUCGGCUCCAGAGCUCCGGCUGCAGAGCCUCUUCCUGCUCAUUGUGUGGUUCUGCUUGGCCUUCAGCUACCACGGGCUGGGUGUGUGGUUUCCCGACAUGAUCAAGUACAUGCAGUACGAGGAAUACGAGUCCAGGGUGAAGGUUUUCCACCGGGAACGCGUGGAGCGCUUCCACUUCAACUUCUCCCUGGUGAACCAGAUCCACCGCGAGGGAGAGUACAUUCACGACAAAUUUGCAAACAUCGAGAUCAAGUCCGUGAAGUUCGAGGACUCUCUGUUCGAGAACUGCUACUUCGAGGACAUCAAAUCCACCAACACGUUCUUUGAGAACUGCACCAUCAAGAACACCGUCUUCUACAACACAGAUCUGUGGCAGAACAAGUUCAAAGAGUGCCGGAUGGAGAACACCACCUUCCUGCACCCCAAGAAGGGCUGCCACCUCAACUUCCAGGAGGAGAACGACAUCGUCAUCUACAUGGUCACCUUCCUGGGCAGCCUGGCCGUGUUGCCUGGCAACAUCAUCUCAGCCUUGUUCAUGGACAAAAUAGGAAGAAUCCGAAUAAUAGGCGGGUCCAUGCUGGCGUCCUCCGCCUGCACCUUCCUGCUGCUGCUCAGCUUCAGUCAGGGAGCCGUGAUAUGUUGGCAGUGUCUCUUCUACGGUGCUAGUGUGGCCGCCUGGAACGGACUGGAGGUCAUUUCGGUGGAGCUCUACCCCUCCUCUAAACGAGGGACCGCCUUCGGCAUCCUGAACGGCAUCUGUAAGUUCGCUGCCAUCGUGGCCAGCUUCAUCUUCGCCGCCUUCAUCGGCAUCACGAAGAUCAUCCCCAUCUUCCUGGCCUUCGCCGCCCUGGUCUGCGGAGGCCUGGUGGCCCUGAAGCUGCCUGAAACCCGGGAGAAGAUCCUGUCCUGAAGAGCCAAACUCCCGCCCACCCCUGCUCCGCUGCCACGACACCAGCGUAACUCAACCAGGGGAGCGCCUGUUCCGGGGGGGAGAGAGAAUCAGCUUUAACUGAAAACAGAAAGACAAGAUUAAAAGAGCGGCUAUGUGGACUGAGUUGUGUUUGUCCGGUUGCCUACGGGGACCCGCGCCUCCGGCCAGCGAGCGCCGCGGCCUCCCCAGCGUUCCCGUCACAUCCUGUGAAUCUGUUAUCUGUCUUCCCGUCGUCUCUUCACACACAGCUUAGCAGCAUCUGUUUCGUUUGAGGUUUCUGUAGAACAGGGGUCGGCAACCCGCAGCUCUAGAGCCGCAUGCGGCUCUUUAGCGCCGCCCUAGUGGCUCCUGGAAGUUUUUUCAAAAAUGCUUGACCUUUUUUUCUUCUUUUUUUUUUCUUUUUUUCUUCUUUUU